AUGUUUAUUUUAACCAAGAUCGCCGACCUUGUGCAGAUUGCGCCCGACGAUUUCAGGAAACAGAGCCAUGUAGCAAUUGAGGAUAAUAUCAACGCCAAAUAUGCCAACAAGGUUGUACAAAAGAUUGGGCUCUGUAUCUGCCUCUGGGACAUACUCUGGACCUCCGAGGGGUUGAUCGGCCAAGGUGAUGGGAUGGUCAACGUUAAUGUCGAGUUCCGCAUCGUGGUAUUUCGGCCGUUCAAGGGAGAGGUUCUCGCAGCGCGCAUUAUGGACCAGUCGCCAGAAGGAAUAAACCUUGCCACGGAUUUCUUCGACGACAUUUUUGUUCCUUGGACGGAGUUGCCGGACGGUUCUGAAUUUGAGCCUGCCGAGAACCUUUGGGUCUGGAAAGACGAGGACCAAGUCAUGUACUUCGACAACAACGAGAUGGUCCGAUUCCACGUCAUCGCUGAAGAGUGGCACGACCAGACCCCCCUCAAACCAGUUGAGGCAGCCGUCGAUGGCGCAGAAGACACGCCAGUCCCUGUCAACACCAGGCCACCGUACAGACUUACAGGCUCCAUGAGCGGGCCUGGUCUCGGAUGCUGCUUAUGGUGGGAAUAG